AUGGAAGUCAACCGAGGCACCAUUGAUGUGAGCUAUAUCGUGACGGAUUGUCCGCAGUGCCAUAGACUCGGCCUGACCUACCAGGCCAAGUUGAUGUGUUGCUUCGGCAAGUAUGAUGGUACGCUCAGUGCCGUCAUCCAGUAUAGCAUAGUAGAAAUAGCUGAGAAAAUAACUCUUGUUGAAAGUUUCCUGAACUGCCACGUGUGUUCAGAGACUUUCAGAGAUCCUGUGUCUCUGAGCUGCAACCACAGCUUCUGUUCAAGCUGCCUGCAGAAAUUCUGGGAACAAGCUGGAAACAAAAACUGUCCCAUUUGUAAAAGAAAAUCAUCAAAGGAUUAUCCAGGAGUCAACUUUCCACUGAAGGAACUGGCUGACUCCUUUGCUGAGAGACAGAAAACUGGAUCAUCUGAGACAGAAAAAGGAGAGAAGAAGGUGGAGGAGGUGUGUAGUAAACAUAAAGAAGAGCCUCCAUUGUUCUGUGAGGACGAGCAGAGAGCUGUGUGUCCUGUCUGUGAGUUUUCUCUCCACCAGAGUCACAAGGUGGUUCCUGUAGAACAAGCAGUCCGGGACCUGAAGGAGCAGCUGAAAUCUGACUUAGAGUCUCUGCAGGACAAGAGGGACAAAUACAAACAAGUGGAGGAAACAUACAAUGAAGUGAUUCAACAGUCCAAGAAGCAGCUGUUGUCCACAGAGAGGCAGAUCAGAGCAGAGUUCAACAAGCUCCACCAGUUCCUGAAAGAGGAAGAGGAGUCCAGACUGGCAGCUCUGAGGGAGGAAGAGGAGCAGAAGGGGAAGACUGUGAGCAGAGAGAUGAAGAAGAUUCAGGAGCAGAUGUCCUCUCUGUCAGACAGGAUCUCUGCUGUUGAAGAAGAGCUGCAGAAACCCAGCGUGCCAUUCCUCAGCAGUUAUAAAGCCACUCAGACCAGAGCCAGAGUCCAGCGCUCACUGUCAGAUCCACAGCUGCUCUCAGGAGCGCUGAUAGAUGUGGCCAAACACCUGGGCAACCUGUCCUUCAGAGUCUGGGAGAAGAUGAAGGACAAGGUCCACUUCAGUCCUGUCAUUCUGGACCCAAACACUGCAAACUGCUGGCUCUAUCUGUCUGAUGAUCUGACCAGUGUGAGACGUGGAGACACAAAGCAGCAGCUUCCUGACAAUCCAGAGAGAUUCAUUAAGUAUGCAGAAGUUCUGGGCUCUGAGGGCUUCAGCUCAGGGAAACACAGCUGGGAGGUGGAGGUGGGAGACCAUCCUGACUGGACUGUAGGUUUGGCUAAAGAGUCAGUUGACAGGAAGGGAAAGACAUUUCCCUCACCAAAAUAUGGAUUCUGGUGUUUAAGCAUCACAGUGGAAAAUACACUGAUGUUGGUAGGACUGUGUCAGAGUGAAGAAGAGUCUCCAGAGAAUCAGAGUCCAGCUGGACUAUGA